AUGCAUCAGGUGCUGCUGGUGCUACCCCUGCUGCUGCUGGCCCUGCUUGUGCCUGCUGCUUGCUUCCACGUGCCCUCUGUCGAGUCCCGGUCACGCCCCCCGCCCGCGCUCGACCCCUCCCGCCUUCGCCGCGCCCUCCGAGCGCUCCUUGACCUCAACGACGGGGAGCUGCAGGCGCUGAUGGCGGGGGUGCCGCCCCACACCAUGGCGCCGCGCAUUGCCCCCUCGACCGCCUUCUUCCUGGCCGGCAGCCGAGCGUACCUGGAGCGCCUUCAGACGAUUCUGUCUACCUCAGAAGACACGUCCUUCAGCCAGAGCACGUGGAACCCAAAGAUCGCGCGGCGCCGCAAGAAGGGCCGCUCCGCCAGGUACGACGACGAAGACGUCCGGAGCUCGGAGGCGGGCGAGUCCGAGAACGACCCCGACAGCAUCCUCGGGGCCCUGACGGAGCUGUCUGCCUACCUAGCCGGCGAAGGCGAGGCCGGAGACGCCGUCGUCCAGGAGCGGUCUCGGCGCUCGCACCACGGGCGAGGGCGCAAGCACCAGACACAAGCACACACGUCGCGGCAAUACGAAACCCAUCAUUAUCUCUACUACCUGCGCUCAGGACAGUGCCCCGAGACCGCCGACGGGCACCCCAAGAUGUUCUGCCCGUCGCCCUCGGACCAAGGCGAGUGGCGCUGCAUCGAGGACCUGGACCUGUGCGACGGAACGCCUCAGUGCCCCGGCAAGGAGGACGAGGCACCCACGCACUGCCUCUUCCAUAACGCCAUGCGGAUGCACUUGGACGAGUUGACGAAGGUGGUGAUGUUCAAGCUGGCGUGAAAAGCUGUUUCACUCAUCACGGAAAGAAUUCAGGUCGAGGAACACCGAGGGCGGGAAGGACUCGCACAGCCGUGCCCUCCUCCUCCUCCAGCGUCGUCGCGAGGGCCGGCCUGGCGCCCCAGCCGCGCCCCGCGACGCCCACUCUCUCCAGCGGCGAGGCGACGGCGGCACUCAAGUCUUAGGCCGCGCCCGAGAGUCGUCGCUCUGGCCUGCGUAGCGGAGUGAGCGGCCGGUCGGUGCGUCGCGGAGGCGUCGCACUCCGGCGUCGUGGUCGUGGGGCCCUCGCCACCCUCGGCCGACCCACCCUCAUCUGACCCACCUCGCCCUGUUCCGAGGCCCACCACGCCGGCGCCACUCGACGCUCCUCCCCGCGGCGCACGUCUCAUCACCCUCGUCUCCCCGUCGGUUUGCCCGCAAGAAACGCCUCUUCCACUUCUCCGAGACGCUGCAAGGCGCGGCCUUCGCGUCCUCCUCCGGACAGGGUUUCUUCCGGCGAAUCAUCCCCGAAUUUCCCCGUUCUUCGUUUCCCCUCUUCCUCUCUCCUCUCUCUCCGGCUCCUCCCUCGCUCGGUCUGCCAGGAAAGGCCAGACGGAAGGGACCCUGUACUAGCUUACCGUGUCCUACGUAGCCUCAAGGUUGCCACGGCAGCCCCACCCUUAGUGAAGCGACCCAAGACAGAGCUCUAAGCUAGGUGGUAAGGUCUGGCCUGGGUGCUCAUGUAGUAGGGGAGGCCAAUGUAACUUUAUUUUUGUACACAUAAAUGCACUUCAAGAAUUUUAUACCAACUUCCUUUUUUAUGCUUGCAGCAUUGCAACUUGUAGGGUCUGUAAAUAUUUUACUUAAUAUUUUGAUAUUUUAACUUAUUUCUAAUUUAUUUAUACAUAAUUAUAAGAAUAGUUUAUGUUUUUUACAAUUAAUUUAUGUCAUGUACUUAUUAUAUAAGACCAAUAAAUUAUUAUAUGUGAACUUUUUAUCAAUUCUAAACAUAUAUAUAAAUAAAUAUAUAUAUAUCUCCAUCAUCAAGCGUGCCUGCGAUAAGAAUGACCGUUCAGCAUCAUUGUGUCAACUGAGAGAAUGUUGUUAGUGUUGCAUCAUCUUCCAGACGUGUUAGAUAGGACAAUCUUAGCCUCUUAGCGGGCCGCUCACUUGGCCUCAUUUGAAGGAAGUAGCGACUUUAAAACUGUCAUCCACUUAAAGAUAUAUAUACUUAAAAACCGAUUACUUCAAUCACUAAGGAAAUGGUUCACAAGAUAUACCGGUGGUGCCCCCCCCCCUCAAAAACAGAAAAAGAAAAAAAAAUAUCGGGUUUCGUAGCCUAGACAGUAUUGCCAUUUUUAUUAUUUUUUCUCUAGUGAAGUUAAAUAGCGCAUUCCAAAACCAUUCCUCAAACAGUGGAGAUAAUCCAUGCUUUACAGUGCAUAGACUUUUAAGUGGAGGUCAAUUUUAAUCGCCCGAAAGGAGCGGCGGUUCUUCCCAAAUGACUUAUACCUAGAGACCCGCGCCCUCAGCUCGAGCGGCUUGGGAAGGUCAGCACUAGUUACUUGGCUUGUUUUCCAGCCUCGCAACCAGCCUUGAUCUUGUCUUCGUUUUCUAUGGACGUUUAUCUUGGCUCAUUGUUUCGUCUCUCGAUAUACACAUAUAACCAUCAUAUCAUUGACAUAUAUAUCCGUGUAUGAUAGUAUGCUAUGUAAUAGAUAUGUAUAACCUAUUGUAUAUCAGCAACAGCUUUUGUUGUUUUUUGUGAUAUAACUGUAGUUUAUUUUUGAAAUGAUUGAGAGGGAGAAAGA